GGCCGGUAAGUGUAAAUGCACAUUACAUUACAAGCCUUUUCUCUCUGUUUUUCACAGGCAGGAUUAAAAGCAGGUCUCACAGCCAGUGAGGUGGAUGAAUUACUGACCCUCGCCACAUCUCAGCCAAUAAAAAACAAGCUGAAGAGUGUCACAAGUGAAGCCAUUAAGUAUAAAUGCUUUGGUUUUCCCACCAUUGUGUGUCAUGUGGAUGGGAAGCCUGAGAUGUUCUUUGGUUCUGACAGAUUUGAGGUCAUGGCUCACAUCAUUGGAGAGAAGUGGAUGGGGCCUAAUCCUGUCAAACCAAUGGCCAAAAUGUGAUCACCUUUCAUUCAUUCUCUGUAUAUUUCAAAUAUUUCUAAAUAAAAAGUGAAAAUCGUGUUAAUUCA